AUGAGCCGAUGGUGCGAUGAGCGAAGGAAUGAGGAGCGGCAGCAGCGGCAGCAGCAGGCCGGCGACGGCGCCCUGCUGCCGGUCCGAACGCCCGUUGCCUGCGGUGCGCUGGUCGUGAACAUCGUCCUGCUCGAGGUGCUGCCGCUGGCCGGCGGAGCAUUCGUCGCUGGGUUCGGCUACAACCUGCUCGUGCAGCAUGGCGCGACUGCGCCGGGUGGUUUGCUCCUCCUCGUCGGCCUCACGCUCGUGCUGCGCAACGGCAUCGUCAUUACGUUCGCGAAGAUCUGCUGCGGGCACCGCCUUCCGAUCAACUGCCCGCUGUGCCUCUUCCGACUCGACCGCGAGCGCUUCUGGCGCCACCCGCUCGGCUGUGACUCCGAGACUCUGGUCGUGGGCGGCGGGGUCGUCGUCAUCGACGGGCACUCGGGCGUGCGCUUCAACGCCGAGAAGAAGUGCGUCGGAAAGUACCUCUCGACCAAGGUCUUGUCGUGUUAG